CCAAAGGGGAAAACCAAAAGGCUGCAAUAGGGAGCCAAGUGCAGAAUGGGAGGGGUGAAGGAGAGCAAAGUUGAUGAGAAACUGCAAAGAGAGAGAAAAAGUUUCAUCUAAAAGACAUAGAGGGGACAGUGUUUGGUUGCGCGUAACGGGUGUGUAACUCGUGGACAUUGUUUUCAGCUUCGCUUUCAGCUUCUGUUGUUGUUUUGGCUGAACGGCAGACUUGGAGGUCUCGGUCAGACGUCUGGCUUUAGAAACGAGGUUUGUGCAGUUGUCUCAGUACGUUAGGAGGUCCCGUCAUUAGCAGCAAAUAGAAUGAGGAGGACGAGGAGAGGGCGGCUUUGGGAAACCGGGGGAGUGCAUCACUGAAUCCUACUGUUAGUGUCUCUCCCUCACUAUAACGGGUAGAGAUGGGACUUGAGCAUGGAAGAAAAAAUUGACUUUUAUAAGCAUUUCACUUGGCUUAAAAAGGUUAACCAUCAGUCCUCCAGCAACAAUGAGACCUAUCAAGAGAGGUUGACGAGAUUAGAAGGGGACAAAGAGUCUCUCGUUCUCCAGGUGAGCGUCCUUACUGACCAGGUUGAAGCUCAAGGAGAAAAGAUCAGGGAUUUGGAAAGCUCCUUAGAAGAACACCACCAUAAACUUAAUUCUACGGAGGAAAUGCUCCAGCAGGAGCUCCUCAGCCGAACUUCACUGGAGACGCAGAAACUAGAACUGAUGGAUGAAGUUUCCUGUUUGAAACUCAAACUGGUCGGUAUGGAGGAGACACACAACCACAUCGAUGAAGAGGACAGACAUCAUAAAGCUGAGACUGUGGUUAACCUAAUAAGUGAACUGCAGGAGCAGAUGUGUAAAUUCCAGGAGGAAAUCAGCACUCGCAUUCAGGAACAGCGGGCCCUCGAGAGCCGGGGGGACGGCGUGGCACGCGAGGCUCACGACCAGAGUCCCGAUGUGGGCCUUGGUGCCUCGGACGCCGAGGAAUGCAGCUGUCGCUGUAGAGUCGGAGGAGAGAAUGCUUUGCUGCAAGAGCUCCGCCUUCUUAAGACCAAAGUUGAUGAACUAGAAGGAGAGAAAUCGCAAUAUGAAAGGAAACUUAAAGCCACAAAGGUGGAGAUCGGUAAACUCCAGCAGUUGCUUGUCACAAAAGACGCAGAAAUCGAGCAUUUGCAGAACCAGCUUCAGAUCAGAGGAUCCGUCAGCAGUGACAUCACAGAAAGAGAGGAAGUGUACAAGAGAAAGCUGAGAGACAAACAUCAAGAAUUACAGAGGCUGAGAACAGGAAUGAAGACAUUGAUAGAUGCCAAUAAUGAAAAGGAUCGCCACAUAGAGGAGCUCAAUGUCUUGUUAGGCCAAUACAGACAAAUUAAAGGUGUGUCGACCCCUUCUCAAGUCAUCAAUGAUACAAAUUUGAGCGGCAGCAGUGAAGAAGACCUCAGUGGCUGUCGAAAAGUCCGACCACUCAGCCAUAAAGCAUACUCGGAUAUUGUCAGAUCGGAUCUGCAGAUGUCUUCACGAGGACAGUCACCGCUUCUGGUCUCUCCUUCAUCUCUACAAAGAGAGCUGGACUCCAGCUGUCGGUAUAUACAGCCCUUCAUGGAGACUACUGUGGUAUCCAAUGGUGAUUUGGAUUUUUACAACCGACAAUGGGCAAUUACACGAAUGCUGUCCACCAGCCUGGAAGAGCUUCAAAGUGGGAACUUACAGAUGAACCGUUAUCAUCCCGUAAACAACAAAUACCAGACCCUCCCAGGAAAGUUUAGCCGUCCGGAGCAGAACGGCGUGAGACUGCAGACGUCUUCUCCGCUGCAGCUGUCUCCCGAUGAAAGCGAAGACAGUGAAUUUAACUUAAGAUCACGGGGAAAGCAUGAUCAAUUUGUUGUUGGAAAGUCAUCAGAGAAGGCAGACGACUCUGCGCUUUCAGAUUUUUCGCCAAUAUCGUCUGGGGUGGAUUCAGGCCAGCAGUCCCCCGUUUCACCAGAGAACAAGAAGAACCAGAAAGGAUUCAGAAAACUGUGGGGAAAGAUCAGGAGAACCCAGUCAGGUGGUCUCCCUGCAGAUGGAUCUGAUUCCGAUUUUAAGAGAGGAGGCUUUAGGGCCACAGCUGGCCCUCGACUCACCUGCCUGGGCAUCAGUGGUUCUCCAAGUGAGAUGAAUGCUCCAUUCUCAAAGUGGUCAUGUGAUCAGGUCUGUGCUUGGCUGGAGGAUUUUGGGCUGGGUCACUACGUACAUAUGGCCAGACAGUGGGUCACUUGCGGACAGACGCUGCUUUCCGCGUCCUCGCAGGAUAUCGAGAAGGAGCUGGGAAUCAAACAUCCGCUACACAAGAAGAAACUUCAGCUGGCUUUGCGCUCCUUUAACACAAAGAUCACAGAGAAAUCUUCCGAACUGGACCACGUCUGGGUCACACGUUGGCUUGAUGAUAUCGGUUUACCACAGUACAAGGACCAGUUUCAUGAUUCACGUGUGGACGGUCGAAUGCUGCAGUACUUAACAGUGAAUGAUCUGCUUUUCCUUAAAGUCACAAACCAACUGCAUCAUCUCAGCAUUAAGUGUGCCAUCCACGUCCUACAUGUAAACAAGUUUAACCCCAACUGCCUGAAGAGAAGACCUGGAGAUGAGAACAUGACUUCACCAUCUGAGGCAGUUCAGUGGUCCAAUCACCGCGUGAUGGAGUGGCUGAGAUCGGUUGAUCUAGCUGAAUACGCCCCUAAUCUGAGAGGCAGUGGAGUGCAUGGAGGGCUGAUCAUUUUGGAACCUCGUUUUAACUCCGAUACCCUCGCCCUGCUGCUGAAUAUCCCCCCUCAGAAGACUCUUUUAAGGAGGCAUCUGGCCACCAAGUUUAACACACUGGUGGGUUCUCAGGCCCAGCAGGAGAAACGAGAGUUCAUGGAAUCAUCGAGUUACACGCCGCUGAACACCACAGCAAAAGUUCGGCCACGUAAAAUGGGUUUCUCCACUUUCGGGCACCGCAAGAAACGUGGCGACGACUGCACAGACUACAUCUGUCCCCUGGACGCAUCCCAAGCGCAGGCCCUGCUUAACGGGGUCAGUCGACCCUACAGCGGCUUCAGGGGCCUGAGCCCCAUUUUCGACAGGGAUCCAGAGAGGCGGGAGCAGGUGGGAACCCAACAGAACUGACGCUAUAGCUUGCCGCCAAUAACCCUUCACCCAUACCCCACAAAUCCACGCCAACCUCCAAACGACAUUUUCUAACACCCCAGCAUCACUCAUUGAUGGACGUAAGGCAACAAUAUGGACGCUACAGAUGGAUCCGAGGGUUUAGUUCUGCAUUGUGACCUCAUCUCACUGUGGCUGUAGGGUUUUGAAAUGGUGCCACUUUAUCUGUGAUGGACAGUGAAAAAUCUUCGAAUACAUGAUUUUUUUUAUUUUUGUUGUGAAUUGUUAAAAAAUGUAUUAUGAAUAAUCUGAGCUUUAUCACACAAGUAUUCCAUUUUAUAACCGUGCUGUUUUAAAAUACAGUAUUUACAAUGAUAUUGUGCAAUAUUUGCAUAUUUUAGGGAUUUAUUUAACGGUAUAUUUAUGUUGGUGAAUUUUAAAUGCACAUAAAAA